AUGCGGUACACUGCCGCUGUGAAGCCCCCGGCAGGCUAUGCGCGCGAGGACAGCGAUCCGCUCACCACCGAACGGUUAAUGAGAGCAGGAGAGGGCGCAACCAUGGGACAGACACGGUGUGGGACUGGGUGGCACGGCGAGCGAUCGAGGAGGAACUAG